AUGAUGCAGCAGCCCCAUCAGCACGUCCGUCAGUGUGUCAAACAGGAAGGACGACUGGCACAAUUGGAGCAGAGGAUGGAACUGAUGCUUGAGCAAGGGAUGCGGUCAACUUCGAAUCAUACCAAUGCAGGGAAUCUGACCAACACCCUACGUAUGACAGAUAGUGAACAGAUUUCUCCCCGAAGCCAGGAUGUCUUGCCUGGACCUCGAGAACCACAGUCGCUCGAACUACACUCAUCCGCAGGAUCAGAGCCUUUGCCUUCGAGACAUGUGAUAUCGGAGAUAAUUGAGCUUUACUUUCAGUUCUGUCACCGUCAGCCACUUUGGUUAUUCGAGCGUGAAGAGCUCUCAUCGCCAGAUGACAUGGUCGAAGAACUAGUUUUCUCUUUAUUGGCACUCACAGUGCGAUUUUCCACUGCAACAUAUUUUGGUAACCAAUCACGCAAUGACCUUGUUCAGAGGUAUAGCGAAGUUGCUCGAGGGCACGUUAUGUUUCGAAUCGCCCAAGGCGCUGUGCAGAUGUCUACCAUACAGAGUUUAUGCUUGCUAGCAUUUGCAAACUUUACAGAGAAGGAAACGCAUUUGGCGUGGUUCCACAUCAACCUGGCAAUGUCGCUAGCAAACAUGGCCGACAUGAAUAUUGAGACACAAAAGGAGUCUUUUGGCCCAAUACAAGAAUCACGACGAAAAGUGUUCUAUAGCAUUUAUAUUCUCAGCCAGACUUAUGCUCCACGGUCUAUGGUACUCAAUAUGCUCGAGGAUAUCGAAAAUCCAAAGUACGUUGAACCGAAACGAGAUCUCAACCAACAAUCUGGGGAGUUGCCUCCCCUUAAUCCACGGGACUCCAUGAAUGUAUCACAAGUCGAUGGAGUCGAAUGUGCAGGUAUCUGGACGUAUGUGGUCCAACAAUCAUCCUUGUGGCGUGAAGUCCGCGGCUACAUCGCACAAUGUGCAGAUGGUCACCCAAAACCACCAUGGUCACCAGAAUCAGGGUACGCUGUCAUUGGAUCGCAUUUGAUGGAUCUUGAAACUAGAUUUCCGACGCAACAUCGGUACGAUGCGGUCAAAUUCCUUGAUCGGCCGACGGCAGAGCUGCAGCAGAACCGGGAUUAUUGGAGCCCAUGGUUGCGAAUUCAGCUUGUGUACCACGCAAUUCACAGCAUGCUCAACCACCCAUUUCUGUAUUCGUCACGUCCUCAUCAAUCGGCGCAGAUGUCUGUGCCAAAUACAUUCUGGAAGACGUCAUCAGAGCAAGCAUUGCUACACUCUACGUGGACUGUUCGUUUGAUAGAUAUGGUGUGGGAAAAAGAUUACCGAGUUUCCGACCCUUUUCUUGGUUACUGCGCUGCUAUCGCAGCGACCAUACAUGUAUACUACUGCCGAGCUUCGGACAUUCGCGUGAGGACUUCUGCGCAGUCCAAACUUGGCAAGUGCAUGCGGUUUGUUGAUGAGCUGGGCACUGUAUGGCCCAUCUGUCGGCUCAUAUAUGACAGACUUGAUUCUCUGGUGCAGUCAGCACUCAAAUCAGGAUCACAAAGAGAAAGCGAAAGUUCCGUUCGACGAACCGUUUCUAUUAAUGCCGGGCUGAUGUGGGACAUCCUCGACCACGCCUGUGCAAAAGGAUCAUCGGGAUCUAACGGACGAGGUAUUUUCGACCCAACUUUUGUUCGAGACGAGUCUUCAUCGAGAGCAGGACUUCAGAAGACAGCGAAGCGAGAUGGCGGCCAGAGUACAAACGAGCACUCUGACGACGUUGAUGACGAGGAUGUUGUUGAGACCCAGAUAUUUCAUCAUCCAAAUCCUGCAACAGAUGUCGACACUUCAAACGGUGGUCAGGAAUUUCCGCCAUUCGCACGCCGCACCCGUAGCCAAAAUAACGUUAAUGGAAUUACUGCCACAAAUGCAGAAAGAAGCACCCACUCUGCACCGCCUUCUGAGCGCCCGUUGGUGGGUCAAUUGCAAGAUCAGCCGCAAAUAGAGCAAGAUACAGCUUUGGUCACUUGGCCAGCUGAUGACAUGUGGAUGAGCACGUCCAUGAUGGAUGCAAGCCAUGACACUUUCUUCCAGUUCCAGGAUCACGAUAUACCAUGGACUGGGUCAUGGGAUGUCGGAAAUCUAUGA